UUGCCUUCUUCAAACCAACCUUCUUCAAACCAAUCCACACCUGUCUUCAUCUUCUACUCUUCUACUCUCAAUUAACACUACCAUUUUCCUUUUGUUUUCUGCUCAUACAACAAUCUAGGCUUUAUUUGUUUGAUCAUUUUCUCAUCUGGAUUUUGAAUCUUGAUCUUCUUGUUAGCUUCAAAUGGAUGAAAUCGAAGUUCCUCCCUACUUUCUCUGCCCCAUCUCUCUGGAAAUCAUGAAAGAUCCGGUGACUGUGUCGACUGGCAUAACAUACGACCGGGAAAGCAUCGAGAAGUGGAUAUUUUCCGGGAGAAACAACACGUGCCCGGUCACUAAACAAGCCCUUAAUUCAGACACCGAUUUGACGCCAAACCACACUCUUCGCCGGCUGAUCCAAUCUUGGUGCACCAUGAACGCUUCCCACGGCGUCGAGAGGAUCCCAACGCCGAAGCCUCCGGUCAGCAAAGCCCAGAUCGCGAAACUUCUGAAUGAUGCCACAUCGCCACACUCCCAAAUAAAGUGCCUCAGAAGACUCCGAUCCAUGGCGUCCACCAGUGAAUCCAACAAAAGGUCCCUGGAAGCCGCCGGCGCCGCCGAGUUCUUAGCUUCACUCGUCAUCUUCAACACCAACAAUAAUAAUACUUCAACAGAAGCAGUAGUUUAUGAAGAUGGGUUCGAUUCCACAAGAGCUAGAGACGAUGCCCUAGGAAUCCUCCACAAUCUCCAACUCUCCGACAAAGGGCUCAGGUCCCUCGUCGGAAAAAAUGGCGAAUUCGUAGACUCCUUAAUGCGUGUUAUCCAAAGCGCGAGCUAUGAGUCUCAAACCUACGCUGUCUUUCUUUUGAAAUCCAUUUUCGAAGUGGCCGAUCCAAUGCAGUUAACAAAUUUAAAGCCCCAAUUUUUCUCCGAGCUAGUCCAGCUCUUGCAUGAUCAAAUCUCUUCCAAGGCAUCAAAAGCAACGCUUCAAAUUCUGAUCACUCUUUCGCCACUUGGCCGGAACAGAAUCAAAGCCGUUGAAGCCGGGGCAGUGUCUGUUUUGAUCGAUCAGCUCCUCGAUUCAUCCGAGAAGAGGGCUUGCGAGAUGAUGCUGGUGCUUUUGGACCAGUUAUGCCAAUGCGCAGAAGGAAGAGCCGAGUUGUUGAAGCACGGAGCCGGAUUAGCGAUUGUGUCGAAGAAAAUACUUCGGGUUUCGAAGGUGGGGAGCGAAAGGGCGGUUAGGAUUCUCUUCUCCAUUUCGAAGUUUUCUGCAACUCCGAGUGUUGUUCAAGAGAUGUUGCAGCUGGGAGUUGUGGCGAAGCUAUGUUUGGUGCUUCAAGUUGACAGCGGUAGCUCGGCCAAGGAGCGAGCAAGAGAGAUCCUUAAAUUGCAUGCUAGGCAUUGGAAGAACUCUGCUUGUACUGUCCUCUCUUCCGAUCCAUGUUGAUUGGUUUUGAGAAAGGGAGAGAUUUCUCGUUUAUUUUUGUACAUUCAUCUCAUAGUUUGAAUAUUUGAAGAUAUAUAGGAGAGGUGGGGCGGCGAGGGAAGUGCCAAUUAACUUAUUUUUUAUUUGUUUCAAUGUGUAAAUGGAUUUGCUAAUACUUGAAAAAUUCUUUUUUAUGAA